AUGCCCAACAGCACGCCGAACACCGCCCGCCGCACGCCCGCGGACGCGACUGCCUCAGCAGCGACCGCUUCCCAGAACCUCCGCAACGCAGAGCGACCCAUCACUGCGCCCAUACACACCUGGUUCACGUCGCCGGCGCGCUCUCAUCCCAAUGCUGCACAGGCAAAGGAGCUGCCGCUGCACCUCAUCCAGCUCAUCCUCACAUAUCUCGACGAUGUCGGCGACCUUGCGCGAAUCACUAGGACCUCGCGUCUCUUCUAUUACAUGACCCUGCCCCGCCUAUAUGAGGAAGUCACGUUACGCUCUCAUGCCGAGAUACGCUACGUUGACGGGCGGCCCGAGGGGUUUGGCGGAGGAAGCCCGUUCUCUUCAGGACUAAACACACUCGUGUCGCGGAAUUUUACAGACUACGUGCAGCUAUUCCGGGUCAUUGGCGAAUGGCGCGAGCAUGAUGUCGACGACUACAAGCAAGGGCGCGUGCCGGACAACAGCAUGGUGCUGCAGAUUGCUAUGCGCGCCGCGCUUGACAAGAUGAAGAACCUCCAAGCUUUCGCCUGGGAGCUCAAUACUAAGCCUUUGAGCACUGUCUACCAGGGUCUCACGAACAAGCCCUCACUUAUAUCACUCACGCUACGGUGUCAGACGAACCGAAUACCUCGACCGACCACCACGAUACCUCCGUUACCGGCUUUGAAGACCCUCGUCGUAUACGAUAUCGACCCGCUAUGCUAUCCGGACGACAUCUCGCUGGUUCUUGCCAGCGCAAAGGAGCUCGAGAACCUAAAGUUGCACUGGAGCCCGCGGAUGCGCGAGAACGGGGAGGAAUCGAUCAAUCUAAUGUCCAUGUUCGCCCGAUGUGUUGCGAACAAGGUCUCACUACCCGUCAAGCGCUUCGCAAUGUGGAACCUGUACGCACGGUUCUUCGGUGAGAGCAGUGAACUGAUAUUCAACCCUUUGACAAUUUCUGAGGUCACGGUCAUCAAUUCGAUGGGCUCUUCAGAUCCCAUGACAGUCUUCCUUGACGACACAUGGCGACUGCAGCACAAACAACCCGUGCAACCCAACCUGAAGAUGAUACGUCUGGACACUGUGGACAAGGAAGCUGUGCGCAUGCUCCAAGAAUUCAAAGGCCUCGAGCGCGUGUACAUAGUCAGUACGAAGCGGGCUCGAGGAACCCCGAAAUCAGACAGCACCGCAGCAACACCGACUACCCCUUCCGCUGCAACUCCCGGCAUGACCAGCGGAAGUACCAGCGCAGUUGGCACGCCCUACAUCAGCGAGCACCAAUGUCGCGGCAUCGGUGGCGACUUCCUUGCCGUCAUUCAAUCGAAUCACCGCGGGAUACGACACCUGCUGCUUUCAGACUUGUGGCAGCUCACCGACAAUGCGCUGUACAAGAUCUGCCAAACACUACCCAAUCUAGAACAGUUGGGGUUCAGCUGUAUCGUGCCGCCGCUCGAAUCGCUGCGCCAGAUUAUGAGUCUGGUCCCCAAUCUGUGGGCGAUACGAGUCCUGGUCAGACCGGGCACGGAACUAGCGGAUAAGAUCGAUGCGACAGAAGACAUGCAUGUAUUUGCCAUCGCGACAGAGAUGUGGCGACCGGAGUACAGGAACGUGGAAUAUUUCGGCAUGGGAGAAAGACUGGUGUACAAGUUUGGUGGGGUCAUCUUCCCGUCGAAAGGAGGGCCGGAAAUACCUGCAGGGCAGGAAAACAGCAUGAACGCGAAAAGAGCAGGGCCUGUGAGGCAUAUCGAGAAGGUCAGCAGGGAUAGCGUGGAGUGGAUCGAGAUCUGGGGUAUGGACACGACCGAGUUCGAGGUCGCAUUCCCUUGA